GCAGCUGGAGCUUCAGUUGACCAGCGUCGCAACCGAGCGAUGCGCCUCCAGGACAAGCUCUUUACCCUCCCAGCUCUUUCUAACUAACAAUUUAGUUCCCCCCCAGCCCCCACCUCCACUUCUACUCCAUAUCCUUUAAAACCGCGCAAGUCUGAUUUCGAGAGAAACUUCACAGGACAAGGUUUUUUCGUUCACCUCCUCUCGCAUCAAAUCAACAGGCAUUUCUUUUUACCCCCUCUUCUUGGAACGAUCGAGCCCCCGUGGGAGGAUCCGCUUUCGAAAUACCGAUUUCUUUUACUUUGAAAAACCCAGAUACUGUAAACGCGAUAAGUUGAUCGAAGAUGCUUCGGGAAACGCCGGACAGACGCGCCUGAUUUUUUUUGAGGUGGCAAAACUGUCCUCAGUUUGUGUGUAUUUUUCAAGGCUCGAAAGCAUCUUCAGUCAGACUCACAGGGAGCAGAGGAGGCUGUUGACUGUCCGCAGGCUGUUCUAAAGGUGGGCAGCAGUCGCCAGCAGCCAUGCUGUCAUUGGACGAGCCACUUGACCUGAAGCUACCCUCAGGGCGGACAGACGGUCCAGUCAGGUUAGGCAAGAGGGCGUGUCCUUCCUCCAUCUGUGCCCCUCUCAGCGCCAUUCGACCACGCCUCCUUUAUACAACCUUUCCUUCACCACCCUCCUCCCCAGAUUCUCAGUCUCCCUCUCAAGAACGACCCAGGUCCUGCUUCACUCCUCCAGCCAUGGACCUCAGCCUGUCCCCCUCUUCCCGCCAUGCCUCCUCCCUCUCCCCGUCCCCUUCAUCCCGCUCCUCCCCGUCACCCUCCUCACCCCUGGAGUCCCCUCACAGCAGCCGCAGCCCACAGCCACACAUCUUCUCCCGGGAAGCCGCUCGUCAUCUUGGCGUGGAGGGCGGCGCGUCACCGCAGGGUUUUCCCUUUUAUUUGCCGAUGGCGAGUCCGCCGAGGGCCUACAGCUUUCCUUCCUCCAUGUUCAUCAGUCACAGCCGGGAGAAGCAAGUGUCGCCAGAGCCCUCACUGGACGGUCAGCUGGCCUGCCGAUGGAUGAAGUGCCACCUGCUGUUCGACUCGCUGCAGGACUUAGUGGAUCACAUCAACGACUUUCACGUCAAACCUGAAAAGGAUUCUGGGUACUGCUGCCAGUGGGAGGGCUGUGCUCGAAACGGACGAGGCUUUAAUGCCAGAUAUAAAAUGCUGAUUCACAUCCGCACACACACGAAUGAGAAGCCACAUCAUUGUCCCACCUGCAACAAGAGCUUCUCGCGCCUGGAGAACCUGAAGAUUCACACUCGCUCACACACAGGAGAGAAACCCUACAUCUGCCCUUAUGAAGGCUGCAGCAAACGUUACUCCAACUCAAGUGACCGCUUCAAACACACGCGCACCCACUAUGUUGACAAGCCGUAUUACUGCAAGAUGGCCGGCUGCUUGAAGCGCUACACUGAUCCCAGCUCGCUACGCAAGCACAUCAAGGCCCACGGACACUUUGUUGCCCAGGAGCAAAGUGCCCCGGGCAGACUGGGGUCUGGGCUGGGCCUUCCCGGGCAACAGAAGGCUGCAGAACUGCCCUCUGCAGGCGGAGCCCACAUCAUCAUUCCCAGUGCCGCUGCAGCUCUUCUCGGGGGUCUUGGAGCGUCUUUGCCUCUCUCUGCUUUCUGCCAUGCCAGAGCCCUGGGCCACCAUGGGGCCCCGCUCUUUGCUGGAGGCAGUAGCAUGGGGCCACUCAGCCUCUCAGACUCCCCUCUGUUACACUUUGGACUAUCCGCUGCUUCAGUGUUAGGGUUGGGAGCUCUGGGAGGUCUGAGGCGGAUGGUGGGGAUGGAAACAGAGGGCGAAGACGAGGAGGAAGAAGGUGUGGAGGGCGAGGUGUUGAACCUGUCGGCAGCGGUGGUGCCCAGACGUAAUGAUCCUGUGUCCUGGGUGGUCGUUCCCCCGAGGGCGCUCCUCCUCAAGCCGGCUGUCGUCAGCUAGGUUGUGCACUUGGCAAAUUCAUAGAGACGAAAGGAGACGAUUGUUUUGUUGUUUUCUUAGUCUGUGUUUGUGUAAAUCCCAGUGUAAUGAGGCUUGUGUGCAUAUAUGCACAAGUAACACAUAAUCACACGGUCUAUUUGUCAUUCCAGUUUGAGCGUACAAAGUCUCGGCUGGAUCUUUAAAUGUAUGGUAGCACCAUGCAUGCUUCCAUGAUCUGAAAAUAUACAGGGCAACUUCACCCAAAAUGAAUAAAAACACAUCGAGCCAUGCAUUUAUAUCUGAUGAGGUUUUGAGAUGAAUUAUACUUCCUCUGUUUAGUAAUAAUUACAAGUAAAACAUUACACCCAUAACCAUCACUGUAUGUCAUCUAAUUUACAGUAAGUUAGCAUUUAGCUCAAAGUGCUUCUCUGUCUGCAGUCUGAACUGUUUGUUCUUAAAACAAACUCCAUCGACUCAAGUGAAAGUAAUGACUCAUAAACUUGAGAGAUAAUCAGUUUGAGUGAUAAGAUUUUUGAGCUUUUACCACUUUUUUGCCAAAGCAACUGAUUCAUUGAAAAAUAAUCCACAGUUUAAUUGAUUAUUAUUUCCCUAAAUUCCAAUAUAGAAGUAAAGAUAUCUCAAAACCUCAGAGGAGAGAGUAUCUCCAUGCAUGGCUUGAUGCCACAUGAGUAGUGGAGUUUGUUUAGGCUGAACUGACCCUUCUAUAUUCCUUGUCACACACUGACCUCUGGGUCAGUUUACGGAAGACAAUCACCUGGAGUCUUUUUUUUUUUAAUUACUGAACCAGGUCAUGAAAGAGAGCAGAUGCACUUAUCAUUUUUUUUUACUGUUGACAACCCCCACUGACUGCUUCCACACACCCACACUGUGUCGUCCUGAAUGAAAAUGAAAGCAGAACAAUGGGGCGCCAUGGGAAAUACAGUCCACACCAAGUGUGAAGUUCACGAAUACAUGUUGUAAACGUCGUUGUGAUCUGUGUAUGUCACUCCCACUUCUAUUAUUUCCUCAAGCAAAGGCUAAAGUAAACUGAAAUAAGACAAUCCUUUUGAACGUUUGACACAGAUUCUCAAAAACAUUAGGUUGCAUGUUUGUGAGGAUAACGACAGAGUUUCUGUCUGUUUACAGAGAGUCAAGGCUACAGUAUUAGGAUUCAGAUACGUCAUAUUCAGAUGUUUCCACACGCAGCUGACACACGCAAUAUGAAAGUAGACGACCCUUUAUGUGCUUUGUCUUGUUAAACGUCGUUAUCUCGAUAGCGGUGGUGAAGUGAUCUGAGUGCAGCUCUCGACUGCAGUGCUCUCUGUUUUCAUUACAUUACAUGUCAUUUAGCAGACACUUUUAUCCAAAGCGACUUACAAUACAAUUCUUCACUUGACACAGAACUGUUCUGGGUCGUUGACGCAGCAGCGCUACGAUGUGUGACAUGAAGCAGUAGAUUAUCCACACAGAAAUAAAUGUUUGACCAUGUGAUUUUCUUAAAGUCGCAAGAAAAAAGAAAAAAAGACUGUAUUGACGUAACUGAAUGUAGGUUUGACUUUAGUCUUGCUCUUGCGGUUUAUUUUUAUUUUUUUUUGCCAAAUCUUGGCUCUGUUUAUCAGUGCGAUGACAAAGAUCUUGAAAAGAUCAGCCAUGUGCUUUACAAACAAGAGGACGUGAGGAACAAGUUAGCGAGGAACACAUUCAACCAGGAGUAUGUGACACAGGGGUGUGUAUUUGCAGUACUGUGUACACAUUUGCUUUCAUGAUAUUUGGCUCAUAGAGGAAAAAGGUACACAAAAAGAAGCCGAACAAUGUUGGGAGAGGUAAUGAUUGUUUUUUUUGUUUGUUUUUCCAAAGGGGAAAUGCUUGACAAUGGCCACACGUGGGCCUGUAUCUGUGUUGUUGUGUCUUGUACUCUUGUUUGCACAUUGAUUAGUAUUUUUCGAACAGUGCCUUUCAAAUAAAAUGUAUCACACAUUUUAUAUAUAUAUAGUAUAUAUAUAUAAAAAAAAUUAUACGCAAAUGUAAAUUGUAUAAAUCUACCUUUUAUUAAAUUUUAGAAAACAGAAUUUCAAUAACUUGACAACAGAUGUGAUUUGCACAUCGAGGCCACGGCAACACUCUCUGAGGACGUCACUAUUGUUGACCAGGACUCUGAAAAUAAACACAAACAAAUGUUUAAAACAAAAAAAA